CUCAUUCCAGCACAUCCCUAAUCAACUUUGUUUUGUUAUUUUGUUGAUUUUUGCGCUAAAAAUUCGGUUAUCAAAUGAGUAAAGAGCGUAAGCCAGCCGUUUACUGGAUAAACACGCACGAAGAAAUACUCUUUAGGCUGUGGCAUCAAAACCUUGAUGAGCUGAGAACCAAACGCCCAACCAGGCAAGUAUAUCAGGUAAUUGCCGAGAAACUCAUUGAUGCCGGCUUACAACUAGGAUGGAAAGACGUACGGACGAAAGUUGAUAACCUAACCAGAAAAUACAAAGAGGAGCUGAAAAAAUUACGCUCAACGGGCCAGGCCUCAAACUGGAAAAACUUUGAACACAUCCACAAAAUUCUGGGAGAAGCCAAAAGCGACGAAAAGGUGUCCAACGAGCUAGAGCAGAGUUCCGACAUGAUUUUGACCAAGGAAGAACACUUUGACUUCGAGGAUUUACCAUUUAGUACCUUUUCCGGCGAGGAGGUCAUAGUUGAUCAGCACUUGGAGAACCUAGACUUCGGAGAGCCAAAGUUCUUUUCAGAAACAGCUGAAUAUGUAACAGAGAGUCCUGCUCCCAAGAAACGUAAACUCGCUAAAGCAAGCCAAUUGACGCCGUAUGAGGCGGCAAUGUUAGAAAUUGAAAGAGACCGCUCGGAUCGGUUGGAGCGCAUUGCCAUGUGCCGGCUGCAGGUGAUGAAACGCAUGGCAGCGGAAAACGCCGCUUUUCAUAGUAAAAUUUUAGCUUUAAUGAAGAGCAAAAAGUAAUUAGGUAUAAAUUUAAUUUAGCUAGCUUAUAAUAAAUGUUUGUUAAUAUUGA